AGCACUUGGCAUUGUGACCGGCGCUGUCACUUGUAAGGGGCACAGGUGUGGUGUUCCCAGUAGCCAGGUGCAUUCUCUUACAGCUCCUCUGUCCUUGGGCCGUGGGGCCAGCCGGCCUCCCACGCGGCACCAGGUCCUUGCUCAGCACGGCCCCUUGCAGAUCCCAGAGCAAUGGCCAGUCUGAACGUGUCCCUCUCUUUCUUUUUUGCCACCUGUGCCCUCUGUGAGGUGGCCAGGAGGGUCUCAAAAGCCCUGCUCCCAGCGGGUACCUACGUCACUUUUUCCCGGGAGGCCCUGGGUGCGGCCCAGCUGGCAGCCUGCUGCCUAGAGAUGCGAGUGUUGGUGGAACUCGGCCCCUGGGCUGGGGGCUUCGGGCCCGACCUGUUGCUGACCCUGCUCUUCCUGCUCUUCGUGGUGCACGGGGUCACCUUUGACGGGGCCUCCGCCAACCCCACUGUGGCCUUCCAGGAGUUCCUCAUGGCGGAGGCCUCGCUGCCCGGCACCCUGCUGAAAGUGGCGGCCCAGGUGCUGGGCGCGCAGGCCGCCGCCGCCCUGACGCACCGCUGCUGGGCCUGGGAACUCAGUGACCUGCACUUGCUGCAGAGCCUCAUGGCUGUGCACUGCAGCUCGACCCUGCGCACCUCCGUGCUGCAGGGCACGCUGGUGGAGGGCGCCUGCACCUUCUUCUUUCAUCUGAGCCUCCUCCGCCUGCAGCGCAGCCUUCUUGUCUACAGGGUACCGGCCCUGGCGCUGCUGGUCACGGUCAUGGCCUACACAGCUGGACCCUACACCUCUGCCUUCUUCAAUCCUGCCCUGGCUGCCUCUGUCACAUUCCACUGCUCUGGGAACACCUUGCUGGAGUAUGUCCAUGUGUAUUGCCUGGGUCCUGUGGCAGGGAUGACCCUGGCUGUCCUACUCCAUCAGGGCCACCUUCCCCGCCUUUUCCAGAGAAAUCUGUUCUACCGGCAGAAAAACAAAUACCGAACUCCCAGGGGGAAGCUGUCCCCAGGUUCCGUGGACUAGCCUUUGUACACCAGGACUGUAGCCACUGGAGUCCAGCUGAGUUGUCUUGCUCACGGAGGCUUCAGCCACCUCCCAAAACUUCUCAGCUCCCCUCCAUGAAAUCAUUUGCCAA